AUGCCCGGCUCCACCGGCCAGCCGGACGGCGGCGGGGGCGGCGGGCCGGGGGCGGCGACCGGCGGGGACCCCAGCCCGCGCCCCCCGCCCCCGGGCGCCGAAGAGGCCGCGCCCCGGCCGCCGCCCGAGCCCGACGACGCGGCCGCGGCGCUGCGCCUGGCGCUGGACCAGCUGUCCGCGCUGGGGCUGGGGUCCGCCGGCCGCCCGGAGGAAGAGGGGCCGGCGGCGGGCGGGGGAGACGGCGUGGCGGGCGGCGCGGACGGCGGGGAGGCCGAGCCUGCGACCCCCGACGGGCCCGAGGCCGGCGCGUCCCUGGCCGUGGCGCCCGUCGUGGUCCCCGGCGCGCUGCCGCUGCUGGAGCCCGACGUGAGCCCCCCUCCGCCGCCACCCCGGCCGUCGCCGCCGGACGUGUUCGCCGGCUUCGCGCCCCAUCCCGCGGCUCUGGGCCCCCCGACGCUGCUGGCGGAGCAGAUGAGCGUGAUUGGCAGCCGCAAGAAGAGCGUGAACAUGACCGAGUGCGUGCCGGUGCCCAGUUCGGAGCAUGUCGCCGAGAUCGUAGGUCGCCAGGGGUGCAAGAUCAAGGCUCUGCGCGCCAAGACCAACACGUACAUCAAAACGCCAGUGCGUGGGGAGGAGCCGGUGUUCAUUGUGACGGGCCGCAAGGAGGACGUGGAGAUGGCCAAGCGGGAGAUCCUGUCAGCGGCUGAGCACUUCUCCAUGAUCCGCGCCACACGCAGCAAGGCGGGUGGGCUGCCCGGCACUGCCCCCGGCCCACCCAACCUGCCAGGACAGACCACCAUCCAGGUGCGCGUGCCCUACCGUGUGGUAGGGCUGGUAGUGGGGCCCAAGGGCGCCACGAUCAAGCGCAUCCAGCAGCGAACGCACACGUACAUCGUGACGCCUGGUCGCGACAAGGAGCCAGUGUUCGCGGUGACGGGCAUGCCCGAGAACGUGGACCGCGCCCGCGAGGAGAUCGAGGCGCACAUCACGCUGCGCACCGGCGCCUUCACGGAAGCCGGCCCCGACAGCGACUUCCACGCCAACGGCACCGACGUCUGCCUGGACCUGCUGGGGGCCGCUGCCAGCCUCUGGGCCAAGGCCCCCCACCCGGGACGGAGGCCCCCCACGGCUACCAGCGGCCUCCGCGGGGACAGUGCCCUGGGCGCCCCCAGCACCCCCGAGGCCUUCUACGCGGGCAACCGUGGAGGGCCGCCAGUGCCAGACACGGGCCCCGCCAGCCCCUAUGGCGGCUCUGGAAAUGGGGGCUUCACUUUCGGUGCGGAUGGCGCUGGAGCCCCCACAGGGACGGCCACCCCCGAGGACUGUGACUUUGGUUUUGACUUCCUGGCACUGGACCUGACCGUGCCGGCGGCAGCCACCAUCUGGGCCCCCUUCGAGCGGGCCGCGCCCCUGCCAGCCUUCAGUGGCUGCGCGGCCGUCAACGGGGCCCCAGCGCCCGCCUCCACGGGGGCGCGGCGCAGUAGUGCUGCGGGCACCCCGCGCCAUUCGCCCACGCUGCCUGAGCCUGGAGGCCUGGGCCUGGAGCUCCCGCUGACCCGCCGCGGCGCCCCGGACCCGGUGGGUGCCCUGCCCUGGCGGCCCUCCCAGACCUCCCUGCCACCCUUCUCCAGCAGCGCCAGCUUCUCCGCAGCCACCUCACUGCCCAGCAGUGCCUCGGCCUCCUCGGUCCUGGACUCCAGCGCCACCGACAGCAACCGCAAGCCCUCCACCUCCUCCGGGGCCGCAGCAGUGGCCCUCUCCGCUGCCGCUGGGGCCCCUGGUCCACCCACCACCGCCCCCGCGCGGGAGUGCGUGGUGUGCGCCGAGGGCGAGGCCAUGGCCGCCCUGGUGCCCUGCGGCCACAACCUCUUCUGCAUGGACUGCGCRGUUCGCAUCUGCGGCAAGAGCGAGCCGGAGUGCCCGGCGUGCCGCACGCCGGCCACCCAGGCCAUUCAUAUCUUUUCUUAGUGCGCACUCGGCCGGGGCCGGGGCCUCCCCACCAGGCCCACRGCUGCCGCCUGGCGGUGCUGGGGUGGACAUGAGCGGAGGGGGGGGGGCGUGAUGGGCGUGGGGCAGGGGCGAAGGAGGGGCCGCGAGGGGCCAGCCAGAGUCCAGAGACAGCUUUAACUCCUCGGCCAGGUGUGGAGACGGCCAGCCGGCGGCCCAGCUGCAGCACCUCAGUUCUUGACAAAUGACAGUAUUGAGUGGACAGGUUAAAAUAAAACGGAGAGAAAAGGUCUGCUUGCACUUUUUAUUUAAGACACCCCUCCCAGGGGGUCCCAGCAAACAAAACAAGGAUUUUUACAACCGCCCUGGUCCUUUGUCAGUAGCUGUCCGGGGUUGACAGCGACUACACACACAGGCACUCCCAGGAAGGGGUGGGUGACAUUUCUACUCCCGUUUUGGGGCAAACAUUUGCUGUUUUGUACUCAGUGGGGCCGGGCGGGGGUGGGGUUCCGGGGUGUCUCACCCAGAGGU